ACUUUACAAAAAGUCAACAAACAAAUAAUUUUAACGUUUUAAAGGUUUUAAUGUUUUAUCUUAAGCAUGAUUUGCCGUUUGUGCCUAAACAGUGUCAACGAUUCGGAUACUAUACGGAUUUUCGAAGACGUUGGCCUUUCUCUAAACGUGGCUAGUGUGCUGUCCAAAUACUUUUGGUUUGAACCGAAGAGCGAUGAUCCUAUAUCGACGGUGAUUUGUUUGCCCUGCUGGAAUCAGGUUAACGGUUUCCAUCAGUUUUAUGUGGCAGUGGAGAGUUCACAUCGUUUGCUCACGGAAAGGUUUUCGCUGAAAUCUGGUCAGGAUCAGGGAAAAGCAGAACCGGUUGAGGACAUGCAGCUUCAAGAAGAGGAGGUUGAAGAGCAUGUUGAAGACUACGAGGUGGGAUUAUCUGCUAGCGAUUGCGAGAGUAGUUCCUUUAACAAUGAGCAAUUCCUCAGCAAAGUUAUAGAGCAGCAGGAAGAGCAACCCGAAUCCAAGCCACCCGAACAGCUCAGACCAGUAUCGGAGCUAAACGAUGUCACAGAGGUCGAGCCAGUAUUGGAGCUAAAGCAUGUUCCAGACCCCGAAGCAAUACCUACCAUACGUACAGAACAGCGAAGAGAAACAAGGUCCACCACCAAGAGUAAAUCCUAUCAGGCAACCGAAAUCACUCCACCUCUUCCUCCUCCUCCUGCUGUGAAACGCAAGCUUGUCGUGAACAAAUCCAGAGCCAAGAAAACCGUCUGCAAAACAGAAGUAUCCCCACAGAAAAGCAAACGCUAUGCAGACUACAAACAGUGCAUGCUGGACAUCGAUGCUAAGAUCUCUGCCCACAUGCGACUCACCUGUGAUGUUUGCCAUGAGGGCCAGGAGACUUUUCUGCAACUUUGCAAGCACAUGAUGCAGGAGCAUCAUCGCAAGGGGUAUGCCAUCUGCUGCAAUAAGAAGUUCUACAAACGCUCCUUCCUCACCGAUCACAUCGAUCGACAUGCCAAUCCCGAGAAGUUUAAAUGCACUCAGUGCGAUAAACAUUUCGCGGAUAAACAGUGCCUGAGGAAUCACGAGCUACUCAAACAUCAUCCGGAGGAGGAAAAGACCUUUAAGUGCGAGCAGUGUCCGAAACGGUACACAAAGCAGUAUCUGUUGGAUCAGCAUCGUGUUAUCCACAAGGAACGAAAUGUGGUUUGUGAUCUCUGUGAAAGGAGAUUUCCCAAUCAAUCCCUGCUCUGCACGCACGUUAAGAUGGCCCAUAGUAACUAUGGAACUAUGUGCGACAUCUGCGCACAGGUCAUUCGAGGUCGAGCUGCCUUCCAACGCCACCAGUUGGAGCACGCUGGAGUCACAGAACCUAAAGUGCAGUGCGACAUCUGUGGGUCGUGGCACAAGAAUAAGCACAGUCUCAAGAAGCAUGUGCGGCGGCAUAAUGGUACUGCUGCUACCUGCGACCUAUGUGGAAAGGUUUCACCCAAUCGCAGCGCUAUGUUGAGUCACCAGCGAUACGUACAUCUCACGGAUAGAAAGCACCAGUGCGGCGUUUGUGGAAAGGCAUUUAAAAAGGCAAUCACGUUGAGGGAACACAUGACCACGCACACAGGCGAGGUGCUCUACAAGUGUCCCCACUGCCCGAAAACCUUCAACUCAAAUGCAAACCAACACACACAUCGCAGAAAAUGUCAUCCCAAAGAGUUCGAGGAGGCGCGGAAGGCACGAUCUGAAAAACGGAAAGCUAUUGGUGAGGAGGUGCCCAGCAUUCUGACCAUCUCAACAGGCGAGGACGGCGGCGAAAACAGUGACGAGGACCUCAAAGGCGAGACCAUCGAGUUCACCCUGUGUCUUAGUCCCGAUACCACAGUUUGAGAAUAUUUCUGUUAAAAGUCGUUGCAUGGCAGCUUUGUUAGAAAACUAAUUGUCGGCAUACGAAUUGCGAGAAAUCAUUUUGAAAAAUGAAAUUCUCUUAAUUCAACUUAGCCAAAACAUUAUUUUAUUAUGUAUACAUUAAAAAUAUAAAUGUUUAUCUUAAGAUCCUUAGGCUAGCAGCGUUUAACAAAAUAUACGGAGAUUUUAAGUGGAA